AUGAUUGGCCGAAUAUGGCCCCACGCCAGCUCUGGUCUGCCUGCUUUGGCCGCGAGCGCUCCAUUCGUCGUUCAACGAGCUGCUGUUCAUCAUCAUAUGGAGCGAGGGGAUCUGGCAAGAUUUCUAGGAAUUAAGCGAUCUAAUACGGCACGAGCUAAUCGAAAUACACACGUUAACGAAAAGAUGUUCAGAAGGUUACGCGGACGAAAAACAGUUAUGAUAGAUCUUCCGGAUGACGAGGAACGACGUCGUCAUGAUAAUUUGACGCCAUCCGAAUUGCGGGUGGAGCUUCUGCGGAAAGGGAUCAAUCCAUACAAAGAAGUUCAACCACGUAUAUGGCAGGAAUCGCAAACCACAAUGCAGUCGUUCUAUGCGGUAAUCGAUCCAUUUGUUACUCCAGAAGAGACGCUGCCUUUCCUAACCGGUAGCGUUGAUGGUAUGAAGUUAAAAGGAGAAGAACUGAAGCAACGAGCACUGCACAGAUAUCAUAACUGGCGAAAUGGCACAAGUAGAAUACGAAAGAAGGAAGGAUUUGAAAAAUUUGAUCCCAAGACUUUUGGUCCAACAGCUGAUCUCAUUUAUGAAGAAGCACACCAAGCUCUCAUGAAAAGGGAUAAGCCUGCAUUACAUAAAACUAUUACUGAGCAUGCUUUUAAGGCAAGUGGCAAAAUGUGGCCGGAUGUGGAAAACGGAUCGAUUCAAUGGGAACUAGUGGAACGGCUAGAGCCAAGCACUGUGGUGUCUGUUCGGUGUGGAGAUAACCCGUACAAAUCAGGGAAUGACAUUGCUCAAGUAACGGUGCGAAUGCACACCAAGCAGAAGCUGGCCGUAUACGAUCGUUUCGGGCAUUUGCUACUUGGAUCAGAAACGGAACCACGGGAAGUAGUGGAAUAUGUAGUGUUCGAAAACCACAUUGCAGUAGUAGAUGGAAUGUGGCGCUUACAUGACAAGGUUUAUCCGAGAUGGGUGCAACCAAAACAAGGUCCACUGAUCACGCAUGCUCUUAGGGAAAAAUAUUAUGCGGCUCUUGGAGUGGGACUGAUUAUGUCUUCCGCCAUCACCAUUACAAAGAAAGAAACUGCUAAGGAGAAGGUGAAGAAAGCAAUAGAUGAUGAGGAAUUCGAAGAAUUUCCAGUGCAAGAAUGGGCAGAGAAGGCUGAAGAUGGAGACGAUGAUGAAGUAAAUGUAUGGGAAGAUAACUGGGAUGAUGAAACUCAUGAAAGUGAUUUUUCUAAACAGCUUAAGGAAGAGCUAUCGAAAAGUGGUCAAAUCGCCUCGUGA